AUGUCGGAUGGCGCCGCCACGAAAGCCAGAUCGACCAAGAAAGCCCAUCCGACCUUCCACUUUCUCGCCGGCCUAGGUAGCGGCGUAUCCUCCGCCGUCCUCUUGCAACCCGCCGACCUCCUCAAGACCCGUGUACAACAAUCUCGAAGCACCUCCCUCCUGCCCGUUCUCCGCUCCAUCCUCUCCGGACCACACCCCAUAACUUCACUAUGGCGGGGCACUGUCCCUUCUGCGCUCCGAACAGGCUUCGGCUCCGCGCUGUAUUUCACCACUCUUUCCACCAUGCGCCAACUCGUCGCAAAUAACACUGCCCUCACCACCGGCGCAACAACAACCUCCAGCAGCGUCCUCCCGAAACUCUCCUCAACGCAAAAUCUCUUCACCGGCGCCUCGGCCCGCGUCUUCGCCGGCAUGGUCCUCAUGCCGGUAACAGUAAUAAAAGUCCGCUACGAGUCAGACAUGUACAACUACAAAUCCCUCCUCUCCGCUUCCUCCCACAUCUACCGCAGCGAAGGCCUGCGCGGCUUCUUCACCGGCUUCGGCGCCACCGCUGUCCGCGAUGCGCCUUACGCGGGGCUGUACGUCGUCUUCUACGAAGCGUCGAAGACCUACUUGUCAAGCACAUUUGGCUCCUCGAGGCACACAUCCACGAGCACCGGCGGCGCAGGCCUAGAUCUCGGCCUCAGCACGCCAACGCUCCAGCUCUCCAACCCAGCCAUCAACGCCGCCUCAGGCGUCUUCGCCGGCGUGACCGCCACCACAAUCACCAACCCCUUCGAUGCAGUCAAGACCCGCCUGCAGCUCCUCCCGCAUAAAUACGGGAAUAUGGUCAAAGCGACGCGGCUGAUGCUGGCGGAGGACGGGGUGAAGGCGUUUUUUGAUGGAUUGGGAUUGCGGAUGGGGCGGAAGGCGGUUAGCAGUGCGCUGGCGUGGACAGUUUAUGAGGAGUUGAUUGGACGUGCGGAGAGGUUGGUCGUGCAUGAUGAGAAGCCCGCGGCGCUGUAG